GCAGGUGGGAUAGUAACACCUCUGGGAGAAAGAAAAUUGGCUUCCUCUCUCGAAGGUGGUGAGUGGACCGCAGGCGGCUACAUGGAGGGAACAGUGAUCAGAUGGUUCCCUUCUACGUUUUGUGCUAGGAAACAAAAUCAGUUAUAGGAAUCCAUGUUGAUCUCAGAAGUAGAAGGAUUUAGAAAAGUUAAGUUUGCACAAAAAUCAAGAACUUUCCCAUCUCCUUUUUGAUCUGAAGACUGGGGGACAAUGGAUAUUAUAGAGACAGCAAAACUCGAAGAACAUAUGGAAAAUCAAACCAACGAUCCCGCAAACACUUACACGAGACCUGCCGAGCCUGCUGAAGAAGAAAACAAAAAUGGCAACAGUAAACCUAAGAGCUUAUCCAAUGGGUUGCGAAAGAGCACCAAAAAGUACCCGGACUAUAUCCAGAUUGCUAUGCCCACUGAAUCCAGGAACAAAUUCCCCCUGGAGUGGUGGAAAACAGGCAUUGCCUUCGUGUACGCCCUCUUCAACCUUGUCCUAACCACCGUCAUGAUCACGGUUGUACACGAAAGGGUACCUCCCAAGGAGCUCAGCCCCCCGCUACCAGACAAGUUUUUUGAUUACAUUGAUCGGGUAAAAUGGGCAUUUUCUGUAUCAGAAAUCAAUGGGAUUAUAUUAGUUGGAUUAUGGAUCACCCAGUGGCUGUUUCUGAGAUACAAGUCAAUCGUGGGACGCAGAUUCUUUUUUAUCAUUGGGACUUUAUACCUGUAUCGCUGUAUUACGAUGUACGUCACCACUCUCCCUGUGCCCGGAAUGCAUUUCCAGUGUGCCCCAAAGCUCAACGGAGACUCACAGGCAAAAAUACAACGAAUUCUACGAUUGAUUUCUGGCGGUGGGCUGUCCAUAACUGGGUCCCAUAUCCUGUGCGGAGACUUCCUCUUCAGCGGUCACACCGUUGUGCUGACACUUACUUAUUUGUUCAUCAAAGAAUAUUCGCCUCGUCACUUCUGGUGGUAUCAUUUAAUCUGCUGGCUGCUGAGUGCCGCCGGGAUCAUCUGCAUCCUUGUAGCUCAUGAACACUAUACUGUUGAUGUGAUCAUUGCUUAUUACAUUACAACACGGCUGUUUUGGUGGUACCAUUCAAUGGCCAAUGAAAAGAACUUGAAGGUCUCUUCACAGACUAAUUUCUUGUCCCGAGCCUGGUGGUUCCCCAUCUUUUAUUUUUUCGAGAAAAACGUACAAGGCUCAAUUCCUUGCUGCUUCUCCUGGCCGCUCUCCUGGCCCCCUGGCUGCUUUAAGUCUUCAUGCAAAAAGUAUUCCCGGGUUCAGAAGAUCGGCGAAGAUAAUGAGAAAUCUACCUGAGGAGCAAAAACAAAGGCAUCAGCUCUUAAACCAAAAGAGGUAACGCUGUAACCAAAGGUAUAGUUUUGGGUUUUUAUUUUAGAAGAACUGACUGGUAAAUGAAGAAGUGGACCAAAUUCCGUGUAAACGAUUAGAGAGAUGAACGAAGUAUUACCCUUUGACUGUUUUUUUAUUCAUCCUGAGAAAGGCAUAUUCUCCUGCAGCUCUUCCUUCAUUGGUGACAAGCCCCCAAACUGGGAUUUUAUUAAUGAGCUUGUUAAAGAGGUGCCAAAGAACCUACUCUUCCUUCUCCUUAUACGUUAGCCACUAAAGCCCUCUACAGAAUUUUUUCAGGAUUCUUUUUUUUUUUU